AUGCCAUGCUUUGUUCAGGAUUGCGACUAUCCGGGAUGGGCCUCAACAGGAGAAGAAGAACAACGGCCAUAUCUACGCUACUGUGCGCCUGCGGGUUCGCUGCAUUGGGCCAGCCUGCGUCCACUCACCUUUACCAUGGAAAGGUUGCCCUAUGAGAUCAUCCACGAGUUCGUCUCGUAUCUAGACUCACGAAGCCUUCUCAAUUUGGCACUGACUUCCAGUCACUUCAACCAUGCCUGCUUGUCCGAGGCGUCGCGUCACCUCUGCGUACUCAACACCCUUUCGGCACUGUCGGGCCUGACGCACCACAUCAAACAAACAACCCCGCUCACACGAGCGCUCACGGUGUAUCACGGCGAGUGGCCGAAGUGCGACUACAAAACAUGGCAGCUUCACCCGCUCCAGGUGUACGAGGCGCACCCUUUUGUGUCGCAAUCUCCGUCGAAGAGGGAAAAUGCUUUGCAGGCCUUCCGACACUAUCGUCACUUCGUAGCGGCCGAGGAGUCUAGAAGUCGCCAUGGAGACAUCCGUCGACUGAACCAGAUUUUAAGUUCUCUGCCACAGCUCGAGCAGAUCACAAUCUCCCAUGCCUGUUCCCAUGCGCGGAAACCGAAGAAAAACGCCCAACUCACCCGACUGUGCCAACAGAUCUGGCUAUUUCCGGGCCGGAGAGGCUCAGUCGAUCGUCUGGUCGGUGACUUUUUGACAAUACUUCCCAACUACGCCCGUAUCCAGGAUCUCAAGAUUGAAGGCGUACUGAGGCUUGAGUCCAUCGGCCCUCUACACGCGGCGCUGCGUUCGGUGACCAGGCUCGACAUCAGAUCAUUGAGCAUGGCAAACACCACUGCAACAACAUUCAAUGUCUUUUUGUCUUCGUUUCCCGCUUUACAAAAUCUCCACGUCAACUUCAGCCGCUGCGAUCCGCCCACUCUCAUUCCUCUCGAUCGCGUGCCCUGCCCUGAGCUUCGCUCCGUAUCUCUUGCCAACAUGUAUGUAGGAGUCCUCGCGUUGGUACGGUUCAUGCAGCGCCACCCUGCUUUGGAAGUGUUACAACUUGACGAGCCAAGACUGGUGGACGGCCGGAGUGUGUUGUGCUACCCCCGCGACUGGUUAGUUAGCAUCGACUCCAGAUUGACGCUACGAAUAACGAGCGCUGCCCCGGAUCCCGGUGGCGUUACUAGCUUCUAA